CUGGUUUGAGGCGGAUCAGCUCCUGAACACAAUGCAGUCACUGAGCUACUACAGUGGGAGAGCUUCCUCCCGUCAUGGCAGCCAAAAGCAGAGGAGCUUGCAGACAGACACCAUCCCUAACCAGUAUGUGAAUGCACACUGUAGACACACAGCACUGGCCUAUUGACUGGGGCUGCCUUUAACCCUUUCAUAUUGCAGAGGUCAUGCGGCAGGCACUGAGCACUGGCUAAAUACCUUUCAGAGGUGAAGGUUCAGCAGAUCUGCUUACAAUCAAAUACAUGACCAUGGGGGAUAUGAAGACCCCAGAUUUUGAUGACCUUCUUGCAGCCUUUGACAUACCCGACAUGGUUGAUCCGAAAGCAGCUAUUGAAUCUGGCCAUGAUGACCACGAAAGCCACAUCAAGCAGAAUGCUCACACAGAUGAAGAUGCUCAUGCCCCAUCAUCAUCAGAUGUGGGUGUGAGUGUCAUUGUGAAGAAUGUGCGCACCAUUGACUCUUCCGAAGGAGUGGACAAGGACGGGCACCAUUCCACAGGCAAUGGCUUGCACAAUGGCUUCCUAAGCUCAUCGGCUCUUGACAGCUACAGCAAAGAUGAAGGGAAGUCACUUAAAGAUGAUGGGUCAGCUGCUGAGACCACACUCAAGGAUUCAGCUUUUAACCAGUUUAGCCCCAUAUCAAGUGCUGAGGAAUUUGAUGAUGAUGAGAAGAUCGAGGUGGAUGACCCCCCGGAUAAAGAGGAGAUGCGGGCGAGCUUCAGAGCUAACGUCCUGGCAGGGUCUCUAUCCCAGCAGGAAUAUGACAAACUAAAGGCACUUGGAGGGGAGAACUUGAUGAAAUCUGGAAUCUCAGUUUCAGGUAGCCUAGAUAAAAGUAAAGUUGCCAAACGAGAGGCAGAGACAAACUCCAUGAACUUAAGUGUCUAUGAGCCCUUUAAAGCUCGCAAAGCAGAGGACAAAGUGCUGAAGGACAGUCCUGAGAAGCUGCUUGAGAACAGGGCACUCGAUGGCAAACUGGGGGCUGAGAAAGGAGAAACCAAUCUCGGCAGCAUUGCACAGUCCAAAGCAAAGUCAUCAGCAAAACUCUCUUCAUGCAUUGCUGCCAUUGCAGCUCUGAGUGCUAAGAAGGCAGCUACAGAUCCCACUAAGGAUUUACAGUCUAACUCAGGAGAAUCUUCUCCUCUACCUAAGGACAUGAGUGAGAGUCCCAGGGCUGUGGAGAAAUCACCUGAAUCCCAGAGCCUCAUUGAUGGUGCUAAGAAGCCAUCCCUGAAACCCCCCGACAGCCCCAGGAGCGUGUCCAGUGAGAACAGCAGCAAAGGUUCUCCCUCUUCUCCUGCAGGCUCCACACCAGCAAUCCCUAAGGUUCGCAUCAAAACCAUCAAGACUUCUUCUGGGGAGAUCAAGAGAACUGUUACCCGAGUGUUGCCAGAGCUUGAGCUGGACUCUGGCAAGAAGGCAGAGCAGACUGCUCCCAUGGUCACUUCCAUGGCAUCGCUGCUGUCCUCGCCAAGCUCUGCUGCUGUGCUCUCCUCCCCUCCCAGGGCUCCUCUCCAGUCCACGGUUGUUACCAAUGCAGUUGCAUCUGCAGAGCUCGCACCAAAACAGGUCACUAUCAAACCUGUGGCUACUGCCUUUCUGCCUGUCUCAGCAGUUAAAACAGCAGGUUCUCAAGUGAUUAACUUGAAGCUUGCUAACAACACCACCGUGAAAGCCACUGUCAUAUCUGCUGCCUCGGUGCAGAGCGCCAGCAGCGCCAUCAUCAAAGCUGCCAAUGCCAUCCAGCAGCAGACUGUUGUGGUGCCAGCAUCGAGCCUGGCCAGUGCCAAACUCGUGCCAAAGACAGUGCAUCUUGCCAACCUUAACCUCCUGCCUCAAGGUGCCCAGAGCACCUCUGAACUCCGCCAAGUGCUAACGAAACCUCAGCAGCAGAUAAAACAGGCAAUCAUCUCUGCAGCAGCCUCACAGCCAUCCAAGAAGGUGUCUCGGGUGCAGGUGGUGUCAUCCCUGCAGAGUUCUGUUGUGGAGGCCUUCAACAAGGUGCUCAGUAGCGUCAACCCCGUCCCAGUUUACAUCCCAAACCUGAGCCCCCCUGCCAGCGCCGGGAUAACGUUACCAACGCGAGGUUACAAGUGUCUGGAGUGUGGGGACUCCUUUGCCCUGGAGAAGAGCCUGACCCAGCACUACGACCGGCGGAGCGUGCGGAUCGAGGUGACCUGUAACCACUGCACUAAGAACCUGGUCUUCUACAACAAGUGCAGCCUCCUGUCGCACGCCCGUGGCCACAAGGAGAAGGGAGUUGUGAUGCAGUGUUCCCACCUCAUCCUAAAACCGGUCCCAGCAGAUCAGAUGAUAGCAUCUCCUUCAAGCAAUACAGCUGCGUCCAUGCUUCAGAGCCCGGGGGGGGUCAGCACGCACGCGGUCACCAAGGUCCAGCCUGGCUUAACGGGGACGGUGAUCUCGGCCCCAGCAAGCACACCUGUCAUCCCAGCCAUGCCCCUGGACGAAGACCCCUCCAAACUCUGUAGACAUAGUCUAAAGUGUUUGGAGUGCAGUGAAGUUUUCCAAGAUGAGACAUCUCUUGCAACUCAUUUCCAGCAGGCAGCAGACACGAGUGGACAAAAGACAUGCAAUAUCUGCCAGAUGCUGCUUCCUAACCAGUGCAGUUUUGCAUCACACCAGAGAAUUCAUCAGCAUAAAUCUCCAUACACGUGUCCUGAAUGUGGAGCAAUCUGCAGAUCUGUCCACUUCCAGACUCAUGUCACUAAGAACUGCCUGCAUUAUACCCGAAGAGUUGGUUUUCGCUGCCUGCAUUGCAAUGUUGUAUACUCUGAUGUGGCGGCCCUCAAGUCUCAUAUUCAAGGUUGUCACUGUGAAGUCUUUUACAAGUGUCCUAUCUGUCCCAUGGCAUUUAAAUCUGCUCCCAGCACACACUCCCAUGCCUACACACAACACCCUGGUAUCAAGAUAGGCGAACCAAAAAUAAUAUAUAAAUGCUCUAUGUGUGACACUGUGUUUACUCUACAACCUUUGCUCUAUCGCCACUUUGAUCAGCACAUUGAAAACCAGAAGGUGUCUGUUUUCAAGUGUCCAGACUGUUCUCUUCUAUAUGCACAGAAACAGCUUAUGAUGGAUCACAUCAAGUCUAUGCAUGGGACUCUGAAAAGUGUGGAGGGGCCACCAAACCUGGGGAUAAACCUGCCUCUCAGCACUAAACCCACAACCCAGAACGCUGCCAGCAACAAAGAGGACACAAAAUCUCUCAAUGGCCCAGAGAAGCUGGAGAAGAAAUCUCCUUCUCCCAUGAAGAAAGCAGAGCCUAAGAAGGUGGCGAAUCCUGGCUGGACCUGCUGGGAGUGUGACAGGCUCUUCACGCAGAGGGAUGUGUACAUCUCCCACAUGAGGAAAGAACAUGGGAAGCAAAUGAAGAAACAUCCAUGUCGACAGUGUGAUAAAUCUUUCAGUUCAUCCCACAGUUUGUGUCGGCACAACCGGAUCAAGCACAAAGGCAUCAGGAAGGUUUACACCUGCUCGCACUGCCCAGAUUCAAGACGUACCUUUACCAAGCGGUUGAUGUUGGAAAAGCAUAUCCAGUUGAUGCAUGGCAUUAAAGACCCUGACGUGAAAGAAAUGACUGAGUCAGCAAACGUGGAAGAAAGGGAAGUAAAGGAAGACACGAAGGUUCCUAGUCCAAAGCGUAAACUGGAAGAACCUGUACUGGAGUUCAGGCCUCCACGAGGUGCAAUCACUCAGCCCCUGAAGAAGCUAAAGAUCAAUGUCUUUAAAGUUCACAAGUGUGCUGUCUGUGGCUUUACAACAGAAAACCUGCUCCAGUUCCAUGAACAUAUUCCUCAGCACAAGUCUGACGGCUCCUCCUACCAGUGCAGGGAAUGCGGACUCUGCUACACAUCCCACGUCUCCCUCUCCAGACACCUCUUCAUUGUACAUAAGCUGAAGGAGCCUCAACCGGUGUCAAAGCAGAACGGCUCUGGGGAGGACAACCAGCAGGAGAACAAAGCCAACCACGAGGAUGAGGCAUCUGACAGCACAGCCUCGGACAGAAAGUGCAAAGUGUGUGCAAAGACGUUUGAAACGGAAGCGGCCUUAAACACUCACAUGAGAACACAUGGCAUGGCCUUCAUCAAGUCCAAAAGAAUGAGCUCCGCUGAGAAGUGACCAUUUGGGACCCAGAAGUCUCCUCCACAUUGGAAUACUAGGGACAGUUUUGCUACAGGAAGCUCAAGAUAUAACAGUGUUCACAGGACUGUUCAGGCUGUUGCAAUAUAUUCUUCAUGAAACUGUCCCCUUCACCUCAUUGUCUAUACCCUGGAAACCAUUGAAGCAGUAUUUGAGUUGAAAGAGUUUGUAUAUACUUAAACUAAUAACUUUUCUACUCUUUGUUAUGUGUUUGUAUCGUACCUAGUGGCAAAUUUGGGUUUUCCUGUUUGUUUCUGUUCCUUUUCUCUAGUAAGUUUCUUUUCACACAGAGUUCUGAAGGUUGGGGCAGUUCCUUCGCUUCUCAUGAAGUGUUCCUUGUUUGGAUGCUUCCCAAGCUGAUGGAAGUGAGUCCCCUGGAGAGGAAGCAGGCUAAGGGAGACCUUACAUGUGAAGAACUACAUGCCUACAAAGCCAAGCUAAAGGAGCAUUGCAGUGUGAGCUGCAGGCCUGGCUUGGGUGGCAACACCUCAAGAGGUGCAGACCUCUUAGAAUGCUUUUGAAAUUGCCCAACUUCCUGUAACAUGAAGUGAUUUUUAGGCCAUCAGGUGCUUGUGAUCAAAGCUGCCAUUCUUCCAGAAGGGCUGGGCUGCUCUGGAGUUAAAUAAGAUGUGGUUAGAGGAACAGGUUUCUAAGGAUGAUAUUUUUUGUCAUGUAACUUAUCCAGCACUCUGUAGGAGUGAGUACACAGCAUUAUCUAUGUUCCUGUAUUGCUGGUAUUGAGAGAAACCAGUUAACCCUUGCUCCAGGGGUUGGCACUGCCCAGCCCUGCUCAUGCCAAACGUUCUGGUGCUCAGUGUGUGGGAACCCACAAGCAUCAGGAAGUGCACCAGCCCAGGCAGCUGGUUCAGCACACGUGCUGUGUCCCUGGCUGUGCUUUCACCACCUACAACAAGGUACCGUGCUGUCCCUUUCAUAUAGAGUUCUCUGGGAGAGGUAUAUUUUUGUUUGGUUUUGCAUUUUAUACCUUGUAUGUAUCCCUAAAACAGCAAUUUUGUACUUUUUUUUAAAACAACUGGUGUACAUAUAGAUAGCUGCAUGAUAGCCAGUAGUAACUGUUCGGUUCCUUCACGUCUUGCUGCUGUCGGAUGUUACUAUACACUAUGUCCAUUACGACUGUAUUAAACACAUUUCAUAUGUAAAUAAAUGUGGAGCAUUUUGCCCCAACAGAUUUGUGAGAUUCUGUUAUUUAUCAUGAAAUUUGAACCGUUUUAAUGAUGGAAGUGUUUGAAAAAACUCUGGAUCCUUCUAAGCCACCUCUGUGAAACUCCUUCAGCACUCUGGAGACUGUACCGGAUACAUCAGUUCUGCUUCCUCUCCUCAUACCCAUUCUUAAUUUGGUCUGUUGGUAAAUGCUUGUUACCCCUUUAGAGUACCCAUGUGAGUGGUUAUGAGGUACUGCUCCAUGCUGAAACACAGCCAGCGCCGCAGGAUCUCAGUGUGCCACGUGCACUGGCCGUCACUGCCCUCUCCAUUGAGUGUAUACCUCCUGAACACUUGUUUGUUGAUGUGCACUGUCAACUGUACAACAAAUGAGUUCUCACUAUGCAGAAUGGUGUUUUGUAUACAGUGAACAGACAAUAAAAGUUACAUUUUCACAGCCAUCACUAA